GUUUCCAGAGAAUUGCUCUAACACUCGUUGAAAACUGGCAUCCCGGCUCGUGAUUUUCAUGACCAUCACAUGAUCAACAACACUGGAAGAUGGCAGCGACGAUCAAAAUAAACUCUCUCCAUGGGCCUCUAAAUGAAAUUGCGGCUCAGAAAACUCACAAAUUAGCCGUUACAAGAGAUUAUAUUUCUCAACCAAGGCUAAGUAAGAUUUUUAAAGAAAUUAAAUAAAGACAUUAUUUAAGUGUCGGCUUAGAUAGGCCUUAUUUGUUUUUAAUUUAUUUAAAUGCAACCUUAUUUUGUGAUUUGUGUCAUUGAUUUUUUUCGUUUCUCAAAAAAUGAUUUGGUGUACAACAAAUGUUGACUGUUACUAAUAUUUAGAAGCCAACAUUUGUAAUUUUUUGUUUGAUUCUAGUUGUAUCUUGGUUUUCAUUUACCAACACUAAGGUCAAGAAGCACAACUCAAGUGAAGUGUAGAUUUUAAUUUUUUUAUUUGUAGCAAAAACAAAAGUAAGGAUUAUUUAUCAAAUAAUAAUAUAAUUUAUUAUUAAGGAUACAUCAAAUGGCACUAACUAUUUUGGUCCAUACUAAUUGUAUUCAGAAGAUAUGAGUAUGAUGGUAAAUCUUUUUGUGACUUUUAUUAGUAUAAAUAUAAUUAAUUAGACCUAUUAUUCUUGUAUUUGACAUAUAUUGUAUUAUUGGGUAUUACUAUUAUUUAAUUAAAUCAAAUUAGGAAGACCUGAUUCUGUUCUACUUUAUCCAUUUCAUCAUUGAGUUGACCUCAGUCGCCUUAGAUAUAGUAGUUUUAAAAUUGUAUAAAUGUACAUUAUGUCCUCAAUAUUUUUAAGUAUUUAGUCUUCUGUAACGCCAGCACACUUUUUUUCUUUCUGACAAGGCCUAAUAUUUGUGUUUUUUGGUGAUUAAAAUACUACAAAUAUUCAUUCCCAUCACUUGUGAAUCAAAUAUUUAACAAAGUGGGAUUAAAGUCUUUUCAAUGUCUUUCAGAUUUUUAAAUAUUAAUAUUAACCAGUAAUUCACAAGUACCCCUAGGUGUGAAAGGUGUCACCUUCACUUUGACCUUUAUUCAUUCUCACUCAUUUGGUGAUGCAUGAAUGAAUACAAUUUGAUAUAACAAUUUCAAACACUCUAAUGACCAAAUGAUAUGAAAUUUACAGAUUACCCAUUUUUUCCUCAGCAUACAAAACUGUCUCUGGUGUGAAUGGACCCUUGGUUAUUUUGGACAAUGUCAAGGCAAGUAUAUAUCAUCAUUUAUUUACAUUCAUAUUUUAGCAACAGAAUCUCAACGUAAUGGAUACACAUCUGUUGGCCUCCCGUUUUUAAAAGUUCAUUUUAGUAAAAUUUUAUUCCUAUUACAAAUCAUUUAGAAAUCUGAUUAGUAAUUUAAUAGGUGUCAGUAAAAUUACAUUUUAUUUGAGCCUUUCAUUUUUUUGUAUUAUAUUUUAUCAAGUUUCCUAAGUUUGCUGAAAUCGUCAACCUUGUUCUUGCUGAUGGAUCUCAGAGAUCAGGACAGGUCUUGGAAGUAAUGGGUUCAAAAGCUGUUGUUCAGGUACAUUAGUUCGUUAAAAAAUAUAAGCAUCUUAAAUUUAAUGUUAAAUGUAGUCUAAUAGACUAGUAUUUGAAUUUAACUAACAUAUUGUGAAUUUCAAUAGGUUUUUGAAGGUACUUCGGGUAUAGAUGCAAAGCACACCCAAUGUGAAUUUACAGGAGAUAUUCUGAGAAUGCCAGUUUCUGAAGACAUGUCAGGUAAUUUAUAACUUUUCAUUAAAAUUUUGUUUUAGUUGCAGAAAAAAAGUGUUUUAUUUCCCUUUGCUAUUUUCUCCCCUCUGUUCCAUAAUAAAAGACAUAGUUGAUGAUUUUUUUUUUUACAUUUUUUUGUCAAACAGGAAGAAUAUUUAAUGGAUCUGGAAAGCCCAUUGAUAAUGGUCCAAAUGUGAUAGCUGAAGAUUUCCUGGAUAUUCAAGGUAUUUACAUACAACAUUCAAACUGUAAGAUGCUUAAACUUACUCACCUGUUUCUUCUUUUUUUAAAGGAACAUCUGAAACCAUAAGUAAGGAAAGCUAUAAUUGUUUUUAACAGGUCAGCCUAUCAAUCCUUGGUCACGUAUUUAUCCCGAAGAGAUGAUUGAAACAGGUAUCUCUGCCAUCGACACCAUGAAUAGUAUUGCUCGUGGUCAGAAAAUCCCUAUCUUCUCGGCUGCUGGUCUCCCUCAUAAUGAAGUAGGUUACUAUAGCAAUUAGCGUACAUAACUGACUUAAGUCAAAUAUGUUUAGUGUUUCAAGAGAGAAAAAAGUAAUUUCAAAGCUAUUUAGUAUCUGGAAGUUUGACUGCUUCCAUCUUCUUUACAGAUUGCAGCUCAAAUCUGUAGACAGGCUGGUCUUGUGAAGCUGCCUGGAAAGAGCGUGUUGGACAGUCAUGAAGAUAACUUUGCCAUAGUAUUUGCAGCCAUGGGGGUAGGUUUUAUAUUCAAUAAUAUUAUUAUACACCCUUUACUUCUAAGCCUCUUCAGCCUUCUCAACUCGCAAUUUUAGAGCAAGGGCCAUAACUUUAUUUUAAAUCAAUGUUCUUUAUCUAAAAGAAAUACAGAAAAUAAACAGCAGCAAGAAAAUAAAAUGUAUACCUAAAUACAAAUAAACAUACUUUAUGGUUGGUGGACCUUGAAAGAUGAAAUCCAGUUUUCACAUUAAAAAAUCUCACAAAUAAGAAGAAAAAUUUAUUUGUCUUCAUGUUGUCCUAUAUCAUGGGUUUUCCUAGUCUCUGACACCAUUGCACCUGUGAAUUUGGCAAAAAUGAAUAUAAAGACAGUUUUGCUUUUUUUUUUGUUGGUCUUGCUAGUGAGGCGAAGAGGGUUGUAGGAUCCGCACUGUUCUGCCAAGCCAAACCACCCAUGUGCCUGUUGUAGGAAAAGAUGGGUUGAGGAAUUGCAACAUCGCUGGGCCCUUCCUUUUCUUCUCUUACCUAAGAGUUUUUGCACCAUUCUCUGUGUAGAAAAAAUGGAGAUUUAUCGCACCAAAUUGUUGCCAGUAACCUGCCUCUCUGUAAAGAACUAAGAUCAGCACCUUUCAUCUUCUCAGCACUUAGUGGCCAUGCCUACCUGUUUGUGCUUGCUGCCCACAAAAAAUCCUCUGCAAGUUCGAUACUUUAAAAGUAAUUGUCAAAGUAGAAAUGUUCUUUUUCUAAAUGUCUUCCCACUGCAAAGAUGACAUGGUUGCCCAUGCCAAGUGACAUUGGGUUGCGUAUCUUUCCAUUGUAUAAAAUAGAAAAUUACACAUAAACUGCGGGGGGGGGGGUGUGUGUGUCCAGCAAUACGCCACACAUUGAUGCCUUCAUAGUUAGUUUGGCUUUUAUACACUGUUUGAAGAAUAAUCUGCUGUUGAACCUUGUUGCUGCCUCAUCGAUGCUAAGCAUUUUUCUUGGAUAAUAAUUUUCCUGAAAGUUCUUUAUAAUGAGAUCCAGAAGGGGUCUAAUUUUAAAAAGGAGAUCAUGGCCUGGCUGUCCCAACAGAAUUGUCGUUAUCAUUUAAAUGAAAAUGUUUGCUUGUUUUCUUAAAUCUAUUCUUUCUCAUGAUGUCAGCUAUGGCUGGAACUCUUCGAUCUAGAGACCAGUACGAGUCUCCCAAAAUCACAUUUAUGUAAAAAAAAAAAAAAAAUAAUUGAUUUCACUUCAGCAAACUGGUUGCCAGUAAGUUUUUUUGCCACUUUUUGUGGCAUACUGUGCUGCAUAUACAUAAAUUGCUCUGCCAUGUGUUGAUAAAAAUUUUUAAUGUGGGAUAAACAAAAUGAUAUGCAACUGCAUCAUCAAGCAAAUAAUGUUUUGGACAUUGCUUUGUAAAUGGAAAUAGGUUGUUUGGAGAAAAAUUACUAGAUCAUUCAUGAUCUUGCUGAUCAGUUGUAAUGGAAUUGGUAGACAUUGAUGUCACUAUGAUUAUCUUCUUCACUUGAAUCACCAUCACCAGCAUCAUUUAAGUUGUCAAUAUCUGAUGCUUCACUAUUGCUGCUAGAAUCAUUAAAUACCGGUGAAGCUCCACCAGGCCUUUCUUUCAGCAUUUUAUCCAUUGCUUCGAAAGCCAUUUUUUAAAAGCAGAAGUUGCAUAAUCAACAUAAAGAUAAAAGAUGUUUCAUACUAUUACUAUUGUUAGUCUUUCAUAAUAAUCAAUUUGAAAGUAAUGCUUUUUUAAGGUGGAAAAAUUAUCUUUUUUUUGGCUAAAUUCUAUUUAGAAGUUAAAUUACCUAUUAUGUUUUUUUUUUCUUAAGUUGCACUUUAAUAGUUUUCAAAAAAAUUGUUGGGUCAGCCAGUUUGGUUCGAUUAGCGUCUCUGAAAUGUAGUUUUUCUGUAAACAAAAUUAACAGUUGUAGUUCUAGCCCAUAGCACUAAACAAACAAUUUUCAGUCAUUUAAAUUUUCAAAUACUUUUAGGUCAACAUGGAAGCUGCCAGGUUUUUCAAGCAAGAUUUUGAAGAAAAUGGUUCUAUGGAAAAUGUAUCCUUGUUUUUAAAUCUUGCUAAUGAUCCCACGUAAGUUGCUUUUAUUUAACUGUAGCUGUUAGCGAUACUACUUAUAAUUGUUUUUGCUUUGAACGUGUUUGCUGGAUAUGACUUCAUCUGUAAGUUCUAUUUUUAAGUUGGUCAUGUCCUACUGGCAUCAUGUGUAUAAUAAGUGUCAAUAUCUCUUCAGAAUCGAACGUAUCAUCACUCCACGUAUAGCUCUGACCACUGCUGAAUAUUUGGCAUAUCAGUGUGAGAAACACAUUCUUGUCAUCUUGACAGACAUGAGCUCUUAUGCUGAAGCUUUGAGAGAAGUAUGUUUAUAAUGUUAUUGAAAUAAUUGUUGUAUUUUAAAAAAUCCUGCAAUAUGUGGUGCAAGGCCUUCCAAGAAACAGAUUUAUGUUUUCAUGAAAUGGACAGAUUGUGAAUGAGUACCGGUAUCUGUAAAAGUACUUUAAAAAUCAAUCAGUAUGUUUGAAAUUUUCAAAAUGAAGUUGAAACAAAUUUUUGAAGCCCGUCUGUAAAAUCUUUUAUGAUGAAUUGACAUGCGGCACAAAGAUACUUGUAACUUAAGCAACCCACUGCAAAAAAAAUGCUGCCCAUCCCCAGUAAAUAUGAAAUAUUUUUGCUUACAGUUAUUUGUAUUAUAUUUUAUUCAACAAUCAGGUCUCUGCUGCCAGAGAAGAAGUGCCUGGUCGUCGUGGUUUCCCAGGUUACAUGUACACAGAUUUGGCCACCAUCUAUGAGCGUGCUGGUCGUGUUGAAGGCAGAAAUGGAUCCAUUACUCAAAUUCCUAUUUUGACCAUGCCUAAUGAUGGUAUAUUCUGUUUUUAGAAAUAUGAAUGUGUAUUUUGUGUAGGAUAUUAGUAAAACAAAAUAAGGUUAAACAUGAAAAAAAAGGAACGCUACAAGACAACAAACAUGUCCGCAGGAAGCCUUUGUCAGCUAACCAUCAGAAUAAAAUUAAAAAAUAGCACUUAGCUGAGAAGUAAUAUCCAAGAGGGCAGAGAAUUGCAUCUGCUAUUUUUUUAUUGUGCUUUUGUGAUAACCUGAUUGCAGUCUCUCCCCUUAUUACCCUGUAUUUUGUGUCAUAGCUUGACCUGUACUGCACUUUAUCUGAUCUUUCCCACUAUUAUCUUUGGUCUUGCAAUGUCUUUCAGACAUUACCCAUCCCAUUCCUGAUCUUACCGGCUACAUUACUGAGGGGCAGAUGUAUGUAGACAGACAGUUGCACAACAGACAGGCAAGUGCUUUUUUUUUUUUUUUUUCCUGUUCCAUGUUUUGACUUCACAUUUUUUCUUAUUGUUUUUAGGGCCUUGCAUUUUUUUUUGGAAAUUUUAAUAAUUUGUUCUUUAAAAAAUAUAUUGCACAACAGACAGGCAAGUGCUUUUUUUUUUUUUUUUCCUGUUCCAUGUUUUGACUUCACAUUUUAUCAUAUUGAUUUUAGGGCCUUGCAUGUUCUUUUGGAAAUUUUAAUAACUUGUUCUUUAAAAAAUAUAACUCUUUAGCACAAUCUUGUCCAGAUGUUUAAGUGUUUUUACUGGUUAAAGCCAAAGGAUUUGGUCUGUAUUGUAACAAAUCUGAAUUGACAAAAGACUAGCAGAUUUUUAAAAGGCAUAAAUUUCUUUUUUCUACAGAUUUACCCACCCAUUAAUGUGCUCCCAUCUUUGUCACGUUUGAUGAAAUCUGCCAUUGGUGAGGGGAUGACCAGAGAAGAUCAUGCUGAUGUUUCUAAUCAGUUGGUAAGUUUUCAUCAGGUUCUUCGAAUUAAAUGUUGGCCUUUCACAUGUUCUUAGUAUUCCGUUGAGGUAAUUUGUUCUGAAUUAACUUGUUUUUAAUUUAUUCAGUAUGCAUGCUAUGCUAUUGGCAAAGAUGUCCAAGCCAUGAAAGCUGUGGUUGGUGAAGAAGCAUUGACACCUGAAGAUUUACUCUACCUGGAAUUCCUUACUAAAUUUGAGAAAAAUUUUAUAACUCAGGGUUAGUAUUUUUGAAGGACAUUGUAAACAAAUAAACUGUAACUAUCAAUCUUUUUAUUUUAUUGUAUCCUCAAAUAGCAUUGUUAUGUUACUAUUUUGUAAGCUUUAUGAUUAUGUUUUUUUUUUUUUUACAAUGAAAUAAUUUUAUUUUCAGGUCACUAUGAGAAGAGAACCAUUUUUGAGUCCUUGGACAUUGGCUGGCAAUUACUUCGUAUCUUCCCCAAGGAGAUGCUUAAGAGAAUUCCACAAGCCACAUUGGCCCAGUACUAUCCUAGAGCGUCAACACAGCAUGCAGCCGGUGGUAAAAGUAAAGCUGAAACAACUGCCCUUUAAUAUUAUCCCAAAGAUUUUAAUGCAGUCAUUUGAACCCACCCUUGUUAACUCUUUGCCUAUCUUUGGUCAUGUUAACUUUGAUUCCGGGCCUGACAAUAGUCACACUGUUUUGAAAAUGGUGUUGAAUUCAAUAUUCUUCCUUAUACUUUUUUUAUUACAGCUUGUGGAUGUCAAUAUGAAACUGUAAAGUUUCCCAAUAUUUAAAGUAAAUUUGUACCUAGGCAAAGAGUUUCUCUUAUUUAUUAUACUAAUUUAGUCCAGAGUAUUAGUGAAUAUUUGUCUUAGAUUAUUCAAAUUUAUUUUUAAGGCCUUUUGUGAUAGUUUUAAAUUGGCAGUUUCAUGAAAAUUGCUUUAUUGAUGUAAAUGAUUGUGAUACUAUGACCAAACUGUAUAUAAUUCAAUGUUAUAAUUGUAGUUAAUCAAGAUUGUGUAGAUACUACUUAUUGGACUAGCCAGUUUUCUAAAUCUGUGAUCUUCACAUAGCUAGAAAAUGGGCCAUCCCACAUUCUCUGUUAAGUGUAUGUAGUGUUAACAAAAUUGAAACAAAUCUCAAUAUGUGAAGUUCUCCUCAUAUUUCUUUCUUUUAAACACCUUCACAUCAAAAUUGUGAGUUUUUGUUUCUACAUUCCAAUGUAUCUUAGUUUUUGUGAGUACUGGUAUUCCACUAUGUUAAAGUGUGAGUGCUUCCAUAUUAUGAGGGUCUCCUAUAAUGGAAAAAGAGAGGGGGAAAUAAUAAUAAUAAUAAAGUUUAUUUCUAAAACAUGCUCAUCCCCAAAACAAACGCAACACUACAAAAACUAAUUACAAGCAUACCAAGUCAAAGUCUUUCUAGCCAUUUCAACCCUAAGCAACACAGCCAAUAUGCAAUUAACUGGAAAAUAUGGUAGACAGUCAUCCCAGAAGGUGUUUGCGAAAUAGAUGUGUCUUUAAAUCGGUUUUAAAGGACUAUAGUGUCUGGUUGUUUCUGAGAUAGACAGGAAGGGCGUUCCAAAUUGUUGGACCAGCAAAUGUGAAAAAGGGGCGGGGGUGGAAGUUGCGGCUCUAUUUUAAUUUGAUGGCACAACUGAAUGGUUUUGUCCAUGCAUUAUUGUAAUAUUUUGUUGUAUACCGGUACAGUUAAGGGUACAUUAGCUUAAUCGUCUAUUUAUUGAACUUCAAUUUUUUUAAACUGAGGUUGCUCAUCAUGACAAAUUUAUUUUGGUAUGGAAGGUUUGAUGUGAGGUUCCAUUUCAUUUUCCCUUUCUUUAUCGCAUCAUGUAAUGGGUAUCUCUAAUUUUGAAUGAUCAUAUUGUAGGAAUGAUGUAUAUAUAUAAUCACAGAAUAAACGUUUUGUAACCAGGUGAUCUUAAGUUUGUUUUUAUAUUUAAAAUGGUCUUGCCACAAGUAACACAAUUACACAAUGUAAUUUUCUUUACAAAUCCGGGUGAGUUAAAACAGCAUCACCAUUAACUUAUCAGGUUUGCUUCAGUAAAUAUUAUUCAUGUUUUAUGUUACCUAUAUGCCUGAGUAGGCCAUACAAAUUUUUAAUGGUUCACUGUCUUGAAGUGUUAAAAUAACCCGGCCACAAGUUUCAGAAAUGCUUGUUUACGGUACAUUAAUACUAAUACUAGUAAAUUAAUCUGGCAAAAUUAUUACAUGAAACUGAUGUUUCUUUCAUAUAUCUUUUGAACUGAACCAAUUCAGUAACUUAAAAUGUUUAAGUAAAAUUAUGUACAGUAAAGUAUUAAGUUAAUAUAAUGAUGCAAGGUGUGUAAAAACGCACUAUAUUUUGUCACUGUCCUUUAGUGUUUGUCUCAUGAUAAAAAGCAAGCAACAGAUAUUUCAGGUAAAGAGAUGAGUAUUUAAAGAACGUUUUAUUUUCAUAAAGAAAAGAUGGAAAGCAAAUUACAUGAGGAUCCCAGCUCCUAUAGUUAUAUAAACGCCAAUAUAUGACUUCAUGUCAGCAUUUAGGUUAUACAAUUUUUUAUUCUCUUUCAACAGUUAAUGCCAUUGUAUUCAAAGCACAAUUAAACUACAUCUUGACCUGCUUGGGUGCCGAAGAAAAUAUUUUACUUAACUCUGAUUAGCUGUUAAUGACUACAUAAAUGAAUUUGAUUUAAUUUUUAUUCAAUUGUCAUAAGGAUGACAGCAUAGAAAAGUAUUUCUGGAAUGGGUACCAUUUAUAAAACUUAAUGUAAUUAAAAAGAAAACAAAUGUCCAUGUGGUCUAAAAAUUUAAUGCCAUGGUAUUACUCCUGGUCUAGAAAGUUCUUCAUUAAAGUUUUAGGUGAAGAGAGAUACAGCCAUAAUUAUUUGACUUAAUACCAUGCCAACAAAUUGUUGCAGUGUUGUUUACUAUGGUAGGGUACUAAGAUUAGUAAGAUAUCUUUAAUGCUUUUGACUCAACUAAAUAAAGCUGUUAUUUUAUCAGAACCAUUUAUAAUGCAUGUUGCUUUUAUUAAAGUCCUCAAUUUUUUUAUUUUUUUUUUAGGCAAAGAGUUGUUGAAAAAAGAACAACAUUGAACAAAAUUAGUUAUAAAAUAUAAUAGAAAAAACAAAA